CCCCGUCGCCACCAACCUCGCCUCGAGUUCGCCGUCUCCCGUCUCCCCAAGCUCGCAGCUCUACUCCGGCGGCCAUGGCGGCGGCGGCGGCGCAGAGGCUCCUCGCGGCCAGCACGAAGAUCGUCGGGGUCGGUCGUAACUAUGUCGCCCACGCCAAGGAGCUCGGCAACCCCGUCCCCAAGGAGCCGGUGCUGUUCCUGAAGCCCACCUCGUCGUUCCUCCACGCGGGCGUGGCCGGCGCCGCCAUCGAGGUGCCGGAGCCGGUCGAGUCUCUGCACCACGAGGUGGAGCUCGCCGUUGUUAUCUCCCAGCGCGCGCGCGACGUCCCCGAGGCCUCUGCCAUGGACUUCGUCGGAGGUUAUGCGCUUGCAUUGGACAUGACAGCAAGAGAGCUUCAAUCUGCUGCUAAGUCUGCAGGUCUUCCUUGGACUUUGGGUAAAGCACAGGACACCUUCACUCCAAUUAGUGCAGUGAUUCCAAAAUCAGAUGUCGCUAAUCCUGAUGAUCUAGAGCUCUGGUUAAAGGUUGACGAUGAACUUAGACAGAAGGGAUCUACAAGUGAUAUGAUAUUCAAGAUACCGUCUCUAAUCAGUUAUAUCAGUUCCAUCAUGACAUUAAUGGAGGGUGAUGUUAUACUGACCGGUACUCCUGAGGGUGUAGGUCCAGUACGUCCAGGACAGAAGAUCAAAGCUGGUAUAACCGGUCUCGUUGAUGUUGAGUUUGAUGUCCAGAGGCGCAAGCGGUCAUUUUCUACUUGAUGAUAGGUGAAAACACAGCUUCAGUCCUCAAGUAUUACCACUUCCUCAAGAAAAUCCAGACCAUACUUUACCCCACAUUUUUUUGAAUGUAAUCCUGGAUCUGUUUAUAGUUUCGUGUGAGAGCAAGCUGUCUCAUGAACUAUGCCGGUGUUGUAUAUUGUCCAUGUUGAUGGAGCUGCAAGCUCUCUGCAAUAAUAACAAACCUUUUUUUUUAAUCAAGCUUGUGCUUUGUUUUGAUCACCUGAUCUUUGUCUUUUCUA